CGUGAGAAUCAGAAUUGGCAAGCAAGGAAGCACUACAACAAAGUCACCGAAAGCUGUGAUAUUGGUUCAUAAACGAAUAUCAGAUUUGGGGGCUGACUCAGUGAGAGAGGCUCAGGGGGAAAUAGGAAAGAUGCUAGCGCCAUCAACGUCGGCAACACCAAGACCUGUAAUGUCGUCUUCGAAAACCACAACACUAUCUUCGACAAUCACAACGCCAUCUUCGAAAACCAUAACGCCAUCUUUAGCCGAGAAGCCGGUACAAUACAAGCAACAGAAACUAAUUAUACCCAUAAUAAAGCCUAUAACUUACACGGAAUGGGCUACUUUCCCGGGCGUGGUGGCGGUCACUGACAAGUCACUGAAAUUCACAGGACGAUUCAAUGAAGAUUUCCAGAAACCUUUCAAGGAGUUUGUAGAGUACUCUAUUACUUCAUCACAAACUAUACGGACAAUAGAGACUAUACCACCGUGGAGGAAGAUAAGAAUUCCGGUGGUCCUUGAACCCAAGUACAUAACGGUCAAUGAUUGGAAUAAUUUGCAAAGACCCAUGUUUGCUCAGAUACAUCAAAUAACAAAAGGAAGUACACAAAGCACUCUCUCCAAAAUUAUGAAAUAUUAUUAUACCGAUGGAUUUUAUAAAGCAGAGGCAACAGAGCCGUGCUAUUCAAAAGUCAGGUAUUUAUUUAAAAGUCGUCUUUUUGAGAAAAAUGAUUGUAAUUAA